AUGGUGGGUAUGCAGUUAAUUAAAUGUGUACAGUUCACUUAUGUUCAAAGUAGAAAUGAUAAACACUUUAAUUUUACAUCUGUAAAAUCGCUCAGAGCUGUGAACGACACAAUAUUAUUGCAGCAAAAAUCAAGUAAAAACUUGACAUUGUUAAAAUUAUUAGUAUCAACGAAUGAAUCAAACAAUCAAAUACAAUAUAUUGAAACGCCGAUUAAUUCAGCAACAACGAUAUUGACCAAGUGGAAUAUGCAAAUUACUUCAACUUAUUUGGAACCCAAUCAAACAAAAGACACUCAAAACACUUAUACGAGUAGUGCAGCAAUAGUGACAAAACCAAAUUCAUAUAUAUUAAAUGAAGACGAUUAUUCAGAUGAGGAACUCAAUGACGAAGAAAGAAAACGAGUUAAACGAGCUUUCACCUGUAAAGUUGAUGGCUAUUUUCCAGAUUACAACAAUUGUCGAAUCUAUCAUAUGUGUAACGGUGGUAUAGGUACAGCCGUUGUAUGCGGAGAAGGAACAGUUUGGGAUCCAGAAAAGAAAAUUUGUGGCUGGACCAAUACUGUUGAAUGUAGAAAUGGCAUAAGAAAAUGGGAAAAAAUUACUGACAUGCGAGGAAUGACAUUGUUUUCGACUGAUUCAGCGCGUGCAUGGCAAAAAAAGUCAACAAAAAAGUGGACAGCAUUAAAAGUU